AUGUAUAACCAGGCCAAUAGCAAUGCUCAAUAUAACUUUGACAAUGUGCAGCAGAGGCCACCACCAAGCAGCUAUAUGAGGCAACAACCUCAGCCUAUACCAGGGUCAAAGGCAGGAAGAGUUCCAACAGCACUCAGAGGAACACAGCCUGGACAAGAAAGGCCAGUUACAUCAAAUCGUGCAGCGGGCUUUCCAUCUACUUCUGCUGGGAAAAAAGGGUUUGAAGCGAACUUACCAGCUGGGCCGUCAGGCCCAGCCCCUGCACUUAAAGCAGCAGAAGAGACCCCAGAUGUAGUUUUUAAGAAACUAGAAAAAGAAAUCAACACCCUGCUCGAUAAAAGUGCUGAAGCAAAACUAGCCCAGAAUAAUCAAUCAGCUUUAAAUUUCGCAAAAGAAGCUGUAGGUAAAGAAAAAAAGCUAAGAACACUAAAAGAAGACGCAGGCCUCGCUGACCAAAUCAACAUUGAUUUGACGUAUGCAGUCUGCGUAAAUCUUGGAAUCCAGUAUCAGGCAAAUACCAUGUAUCAAGAAGCUUUAAAUACUUAUUCAUUAGUAGUCAGAAAUAAAGACUAUCCUCAUUCAGGACGUCUCAGAGUUAACAUGGGUAAUAUUUAUUAUGCUCAGCAAAAAUACACCUCAGCGAUAAAAAUGUACAGAAUGGCUUUAGAUCAAAUGCAAAACAUAGGGAAGCAUAUGAAAUUCCAAAUUAUGCGAAACAUUGCUAAUGGUUUCGUAAAGAUGGGACAAUACCCAGAUGCCGUUGAAAGCUAUGAAAGCAUUAUGCAGGGUGAGCCAGACCACAAGGUCGCUUUUAACUUAAUUUUAUGCUACUACGCCUUGGGUGAAAACGAAAAAAUGAAGAAAACGUAUACACAGCUUCUUAUGAUAGAAAUUCCUGGAAAUACUCAAGAAGACGAAGAUAUACAAGGGCAGGAAGAAAAAGGGCCUUUUGCAAACGACUCUCUUAGUGAAUAUAUCAAAGAAAAACGAAGGGAAGCUUAUAAGUUUACCCUGAUUUACCUUAAAUAGUGCAUCAGCUCAUCUACUGUUGGCUUGAUCAAUUAUUUGGCACGCUAAAAUAUGGCCAUAUCUUUGACUUAAAAUCAUCAUCACCAUCAUAUUAUUAUCUAUUUAUCCUUAAUCUAGUUUUUCCCUAAUUUUUCUAAAUGCCAUAAGGCAAGUCUUAUUUCCCGCCAAUCUUAGCCAGCAAUAAAAAUAUUUUUAUUGCAUAAUAUGAUGAUAAUAAUGAUGGUAAUGAUGAUCCAUGGACUAUUUAAGAGAUAUUUUAUAUAAUUGAUGCAGGCAAACUCAUAGCUCCUGUAAUAUAGAGGUUUCCUCUAUAUAGCGCUGAAAGCGCAGACAUUUUCCCAGGAGCUUUCCAAGUUCGUCGGACCAAAUCGCUUUUUGGUCCGACCAAGGCAUUGAUUUGGAGCAACCAACCGAUAAAUUCCGAUCAGAAUUUAUCGGCCUUACAGCGCCAAACAUAGGAAACUUCUAUAGAAAACAAUUGGAUUGCUGGAUAUGAAUGGGUAGCUGAAACUUUAAGAGCUUCUGACUAUAAAGUUUUGGAAAGCGAAAUUGGGAUUUUUAAAGCAGAACAAUAUAUAAAGCUUAAAGACUACGAAAAAGCCAUAGAAGUUUUCAAAAGCUUCGAGAAAAAAGACCAGUCUCUGAUGGCAAGAGCUGCUACUAAUAUCAGCUUUUUAUAUUUCAUAGAAAAAGAUAUGAAAAAUGCUGAAAAAUAUGCUGAUAUUGCUAUAAAGAAUGACAGAUAUAAUGCCAAAGCUCUAGUAAAUAAAGGAAAUUGCUUAUUUUUGAAGGAAGACUUCGAAAACGCUAAAGAAUUUUACCUGGAAGCUAUAGGUGUCGAAGCUGACUGUGUAGAAGCUAUCUACAACUUAGGCCUCGUAAACAAGAAAAUGGAAGUCGACUUAGAAGCUCUCCAAGCUUUCGAAAAGCUUCAAACCAUCAUGGCGAACUCUCCUGAAGUCAUGUAUCAAAUGGCUUCUAUCUAUGAAGCCUCCCGCAACUUUAAACAAGCCAUUAAAUGGUAUAACUUGCUAUUGACUACUUUAUCCUCAGAUCCAGGCAUUUUACUAAGAAUCGGCCAACUUUAUGCAGAAAUGGGCGACGAAAACCAAGCCUUCCACUACUACGAACAAAGCUAUAUGCAUUAUCCAGUCUCAAUUGACGCUAUAUCCUGGCUUGGCGUCUACUUUGUCAAAGCUGAAGCCUACGAAAAAGCUUGCACAUUUUUUGAACGUGCUUCUCAGAUCCAGCCACAAGACCCAAAGUGGCGAAUUAUGGUAGCAAGCUGCUAUAGGAGGAUGGGAAAUGAGCAGAAAGCUAUAGAGCUCUAUGAAAGAAUCCAUGAGGACCAUCCUGAUAAUAUUGACUGCUUGCAGUAUUUAGUAUCACUAUUAAAAGGAACUGGGCAGAACUAUGAGCAUUAUUCAACACUACUAAAGAAACUAUUGAGAGAAAAAGAAAUGAAUGACUCCGUACCGAAACAGAAUGAGGAAGUAUACUCGCCACCACAAAUGGCGCAGCAGCCUGUAUAUGAAGAACAGCCACAAGUGCCACAGCAGCCUGUACAGAUACAGCAGAGGCCAGGGACAAGCAGAAAAGGAAGAGCUGCGAUGGCGACCAAGCAAGAUGAAGAUGAAUGGGCGAACCAGGAGUUAAUUUUACCUGAAUAA